CGGCUCCUGGGAGCGGCCUUAGGACGCGGGGUGGACUCUCACCAUCGCACAGGAAGCCGGCCAAUCCCCAGAUGAAGUCCGAGCAGAGGUGGCAGAAGGUAGGCUUGAGCACGUACAGAGAGACUGAGACACUCGCCAGGAAUAAUGGCUGCGCCGAGACACCCAAACACUGUUAAUGUUAGUUCCACAUUUGUAGUGCCUGGGACUCAGCGGAACUCGCCAGGAAGAGGCGGCGCGUGACUGGGUUCCGUUUUGUCCAGGCCUGGCGAAUGGUCACGUGGGGCGUUACCCGGAGGCGGAACACUGCGACCGCUGCCUAAAAGCUUGCUGUUUUGGGGGCGCCUGGAUAUCCCAGCCAUGCGCCCCCCGCGCCCCGCCUCUGCUUUGCUGAUAUUUUUUGCAGCGUUCUUGGCCUCGCCCCUGGCGCUGGCUGAGACACCGUACCUGGUGCGCGUGGACGCAGCCCGCCCGCUGAGGCCUCUGCUGCCCUUCUGGAGGAGCACCGGCUUCUGCCCCCCACUGCCUCACGACCAGGCUGACCAGUACGACCUUAGUUGGGACCAGCAACUGAACCUUGCCUACAUAGGUGCUGUACCUCACAGUGGCAUUGAGCAGGUCCGGAUACACUGGCUGCUGGACCUCAUCACAGCCAGGAAGUCAUCAGGCCAGGGAUUGAUCUACAACUUCACCCACUUGGAUGCAUUCCUGGAUCUCCUCAUGGAGAACCAGCUUCUCCCGGGAUUUGAGCUAAUGGGCAGUCCUUCUGGAUACUUCACGGACUUUGAGGACAAGCAGCAGGUGUUUGAAUGGAAGGACCUGAUUUCUCUCCUGGCCAGGAGAUACAUUGGUAGGUAUGGGCUGACACAUGUUUCCAAGUGGAACUUUGAAACUUGGAACGAACCAGACCACCAUGACUUUGACAACGUGUCCAUGACCACACAAGGCUUCCUGAAUUACUAUGACGCUUGCUCUGAGGGGCUGCGCAUUGCCAGCCCGACUUUGAGGCUGGGUGGUCCUGGGGAUUCCUUCCACCCCCUGCCAAGGUCACCAAUAUGCUGGAGCCUCCUGGGACACUGUGCCAACGGAACCAACUUCUUCACUGGCGAGGUGGGCGUCCGCCUGGAUUACAUCUCCCUGCACAAGAAGGGUGCAGGCAGCUCCAUCGCCAUCCUGGAGCAGGAGGUGGCAGUCGUGGAGCAGAUCCAGCAGCUCUUCCCCAAGUUCAAGGACACCCCUAUUUAUAAUGACGAGGCAGACCCUCUGGUAGGCUGGUCCCUGCCGCAACCUUGGAGAGCCGAUGUGACUUAUGCCGCCCUGGUGGUGAAGGUCAUCGCACAGCACCAGAACCUGCUGUUUGCCAACAGCAGCUCCUCCAUGCGCUACAUGCUCCUCAGCAAUGACAAUGCCUUCCUGAGCUACCACCCGUACCCUUUCUCCCAACGUACACUUACUGCUCGCUUCCAGGUCAACAACACUCACCCACCCCACGUGCAGUUGCUGCGGAAGCCAGUACUCACAGUCAUGGGGCUGAUGGCCCUGUUGGAUGGAGAGCAACUCUGGGCAGAGGUCUCGAAGGCUGGGGCUGUGUUGGACAGCAACCAUACAGUGGGUGUCCUGGCCAGCACCCAUCACCCUGAAGGUCCCUCAGAGGCCUGGAGAACCACUGUCCUGAUCUACACUAGUGAUGACACCCACGUACACCCUAACGACAGUAUCCCUGUUAUUCUUCAUCUGCGUGGAGUACCUCCUGGCCUGGAGCUUGUCUACGUAGUACUCUACUUAGACAAUCAACUCAGCAGCCCCUACAGUGCAUGGCAGCGCAUGGGCCAGCCAGUCUUCCCCUCUGCAGAGCAGUUCCGACAAAUGCGCAUGGUGGAGGACCCAGUGGCUGAGGCACCGCGCCCAUUUCCUGCUAGGGGCCGCCUGACCCUGCACCGUAAGCUUCCAGUGCCAUCUCUCCUGCUGGUUCAUGUAUGCGCACGGCCCUUGGAACCACCAGGGCAGGUCAGCCGGCUCCGUGCGCUGCCCCUGACACGUGGGCAGCUGGUUCUGGUCUGGUCGGAUGAGCAUGUGGGCUCCAAGUGCCUGUGGACAUAUGAGAUCCAGUUUUCCCAGAAGGGUGAAGUAUAUGCCCCAAUCAACAGGAGGCCGUCUACUUUUAACCUAUUUGUGUUCAGCCCUGACACAGCUGUGGUCUCUGGCUUCUACCGAGUGCGAGCACUGGACUACUGGGCCCGGCCGGGCCCCUUCUCCGACCCUGUGACUUACCUGGAUACCCCUGCCUCCUGAAAAACACUGACUCCCAGAGACUGGUGAAUGGAGUGAGCCAGGAUGAGCUAGACUGCCACCAGCUAAGCAGCUGACAAGUAGCUUCUUUUGUUGUUCCCCUAUUUCCUUUAAGGUGUCUUUCUCUACCUCAGACUUGGGGUCAGCCGUUGUGGAUGAGCACUUUACUGGCCCACUUGGAGUGACCUUUGCCCACCUUCCUCCUGGGGAGAUGGCUCAGUGGGUAAAGUGCUUGCUGUGCAGGCACGAGGACUUGUGUUCAGAUAUCUAGCACUCAUGUAAAGUAGGGCACUAGUGUUGGUGGAAGGGACAGGAACAGGCCAGAGCUCACUGGCCAUCUAGUCUACCUGAAACUGCAAGUUCCGGGUUCAGUAAGGAACCCUGUUUUAGAAAAAUCAAAUAGACACGCACGCACAGGAACACACACAUGCACACACAUACAUCACACCAUGCACACAGUCUGAAUUCUGUAAUUAAAAAAUAAAUGCAAACGCGUCUUUCUGAAAUACAAUUGCAUAGAGUAAACAUUUCCAACAGGUCAAAUAAAUGACAGGGGAGGAUUUAAAUGAAACAAGACCAAAACACGGCAAGACAAACAUUAAAUCCUGCAGAUCCAUUCUCAGCACUGGGGCACGUUAUUGGGAUAUGAGCUCUAACGUGCUGGACAGUCUGUGUCUGUGGUGUGUCAUUUUCAGCCCCUCUGACCUUUCUCCUAGGCUGGUGUCUUAGGCGUUCUAUUGAUGUGAUAAAACACGAUGAGCUUAA